GCUCGCGCCGUCCGCUCGGCGGCCAUUUUGUCUCCGUGCGUCAAUUCGGGCGCGCAAAUGGUCGCCGACUUUUAGCGACUAAAUCAUCCGCGGCAGAGAAACCCCCGAGCGAAACGCAGCAGAGCCACUUUACCUCACCCCGACUUCAAUCGUGGUUACGCGUCGAACGUGCUUAAAAGUUGCAACGACUCUAAAAAAAAAAAAUCAUUUAAACGAAAAAAAAAUCCCCGUAAAUUUCUCGGCGGCGGCGGCGGCACCACCAACAACAACCACUACCACCACCACCACCAUGAGCUCCAUCAACGUGAAGAAGCUGAAGGUGAACGAGCUGAAGGAGGAGCUGCAGCGCCGCGGCCUCGAGACCAGAGGCCUCAAGGCCGACCUCCAGGAGCGGCUGCAGACGGCGCUCGACUCGGAGCCUCCCGCCGCCGACUUCGCCUCCGAUGACCUCGAAGACGGCGGCGGCAGCAAUGGAGGAGGUGGUGGAGGAGGUGGUGGGGCACAUGGCGAGGAGGAAGGUGCUGGAGGAGGAGGGGGAGACGACGACGUGGACGACUCGAUCCUGCUGGAGGGAGACGACGAGGCCGGUGGCGUGGCGGGGGAGGAGGAUGGGGACGAGGGAAUUCCCGUGGACGAUGGCGCGCUGCUCGUGGCCACCACCAGCGACGAGGAGACGUCCAACCACGCGGCGAAAGACGAAUCGGACGAGGAGGAGGAGGAGGAUGAUAAGGUAGACGACGACAACGACGAGGGGCCGAUGGAGCAGCAGGAGCCAUCGCGACAGGAGGAGGAGGAGGGACACGCGGAGAAGAAGCAUCAGCAGGAGGAGGAGGAGGAGAAUGGAUCGGGAGGUGGAGGAAAAUGCACGGCCCCCGAGACAGGCGAGCAGGAGGCUGUGAACGCGCCCGAAGUCGCCGUGAAGGUGGAGAAAGACACGGCAGCGGAGGGGGCGGGAGAAGGCGCAGUAGCAGCGGCGGCGAGCGCGGAGGCCGGCGCGAAAGUCGAAGCCGUGAAGAACGAGGCAGAUGAAAGCAACGACGGCGCCCGCGGACGCAAGCGCGGGCACGAGGAGGCGUUGGCCAAUGCUGCGACCUACGAGUACAAAGAUGAAGCCUCUGACCGAAAAUCAAUGCAGCCUCCAUUAGAGGAUGAAGAUGAAGACAUCGAUGAGACCUUGGUUGUCUUGGACACCUAUAACUCAGAUCUGCACUUCAAGGUGACUCGCGACCGAUACAGUGGUUUUCCACUGACCUUCGAGGGAUUUGCCUACCUGUGGUCGGGUGCCCGGGCGACCUUUGGCGUGAUCAAGGAGAAAGUUGGCUUUGAGAUGAAGGUGACUGAGAAGAUUACCGUGAAGCACCUGCCGGCUUCGGAGCCCUGCCCCCACGUCGUUCGCGUUGGCUGGUCUCUGGACAGUUGCAGCACUCAGCUAGGAGAGGAAAAGUUUUCUUACGGCUAUGGAGGCUCUGCAAAGAAAUCUGUCGACUGCAAGUUUGACGACUACGGAGAGGAGUUCAGUGAGGGCGACGUCAUCGGAUGUUUUGUUAACUUUGAGGGUGAGGAAGUGGAGCUGUCGCAUUCUAAAAACGGCAAGGACCUGGGGGUGGCUUUUAAGAUCAACAAGGAGGAGCUGGCUGGGCGCCCACUCUUCCCUCACAUCCUCACCAAGAAUUGCUCCAUGGAGUUCAACUUUGGACAGAGGGAAGAGCCAUUCUUCCCACUGCCCGAGGGCUUCGUGUUCAUCCAGGAGGUGCCCCUGGAUAAGAGGAUCCGUGGCACUGUGGGGCCCAAGACCAAGGCCGAUUGCGAGGUGUUGAUGAUGGUGGGGUUGCCAGGCGUUGGCAAAUCAACAUGGGCCGAAAAGCACUGCCGCGAUAAUCCUGAAAAGAAGUACAACAUUAUGGGUACCAACAACAUCAUGGAGAAGAUGAAGAUCAUGGGGCUCCGCCGGCAGCGCAACUACGCGGGCCGCUGGGACGUUCUCAUCCAAGAGGCAACGCACUGCCUCAACCGCCUGCUGCAGAUCGCUGCCCGCAAACGGCGUAACUACAUCCUGGACCAGACAAAUGUUUAUGGAUCAGCCCAGAGGCGAAAAAUGCGUCCUUUUGAAGGUUUUCAACGCAAGGCUAUUGUAAUUUGUCCUACGGAUGAGGACUUAAAAGACCGCUCAAAAAAGCGCACUGUCGAGGAAGGCAAGGAGGUCCCAGAUUCUGCUGUAUUAGAGAUGAAAGCCAACUUCACACUCCCGGAGGCGUCGGAUUUCUUGAACGAAGUGGUCUUCGUCGAGUUGCAAAAGGAAGAAGCGGAAAAGCUGGUGGCGGUGUACCGUGAGGAGGGCCGCAAGGCUGCUCCGCCCCCACAGAAACGCUUCGACAAUCGUGGUGGGCAGGGCGGCUUCCGGAACCGUGGUGGCGGUGGCAGCGGUGGCUUCAACCGCUUCGAUAACCGUAACAGUGGAUUCCGCAACUCCACUAGCGGCGGGUUUGGAGGCCAGCGUGGUGGUGGGGGUGGCUAUCGUGGAGGCAACAACGCACGUGGUGUUUCCAAUUAUGUCCGUGGUGGCUACAACAAUCGUGGUGGUAGUGGUGUCGCUGCUGCUGCUGCUGCUGGUGGUGGUGGCUACAACAACCGUGGAGGGUACAACCGCAACCAAGCGGGCACCUACAGCCAAAGCCGCAACGCUGGUGGUUACAAAGGAAGCUAUGGCCAGGGCUAUGGAGCCCAGAGCUAUGGGGCUCAGGGCUACGGUGCCCAGAACUACGGCAGCUACGGCGCACAGAAUUACGGGGGCUAUGGGCAACAGACUGGCUACGGUACCAGCACGGCGCAGGCAUACGGCGCCUCCGGCACAGGAUAUGGCUCACAGUACCAACAACAGCAACAGCAGCAGCAGCAGCAGUACGCCCAGCAGUGGAACCAGUACUAUCAGAACCAGAGCCAGUGGAAUCAGUACUACGGCAACUACGGAAACUACAGCAAUCCUGGCAGUGGUUCCAGCCAGUGAAAGGGGGGCCACAUUGCGUGCUCGAGACCAGGCUGGGGGAAGUUGAGACUCCACUGCAACUUGCUUCUUUCUUCCCCACUUCAGAUGGAGCACCGGCAGAGAAAAUAUCCCCCUCCUGCUGAAUUGUGCGAGCCCUUUUUGUAAGCUUGCAAAACAGGUGUGGGAUAUUUAGCCAGGAAGGUGUUCCAUUGUGUGCGUGGUUGAUAAGCGAAGGUUUUAAACACUCGGCCCACAGUUUCACACACAACCUUCCCAUGCCCGCUUCCCACCUCUUCAUCCUACGCUUAUUAUGGGCCUGACCUGUCCGGAUAAAUGAAAACCCAGUGUUUUAAAUCUGCUAGUGCGUACUUAACAGUUGUCACAUUUAACUUCCCAGCCUGUUCACCAAUUCGUUGAAAGUUAAUGAAUUAGCUGACACGUUUUCAUCCAUGGUGUAACAGAGCUGCCACAUUGCUUUUGAUAAUCUAUGAUGUAUCUACACACAGCUUUUAAUUUUUGGGCAGCAUUUAUUUUACAGUUCCCUCCCUACCCUUUUCCCUCCCCCCAGCCCCCCUGCAUUCUUAACAGUUGUGAUUUUACCGUGUGCUGUGUCGAAAUUAUGCAUAGUACCCAUGUGUUGAAGCAUUGUUGGGCCGUAAAAAGUAAUAUCCCCUGUCUGGUUCUCAUUAGGCCCCAGCGUGCAUCGAUUUUUGCUUUUUUAUCAUUUGUACUGCUUGUGCGGUUCGUUCAUUCACAAACUGUACACCGAAGAUAAUUGUUAGUGUUGAGAGUAAUGAGCCUGCUCUUGUUGAUUGGCUUGUGUAUUCCGCUUCAGGUAGCUUGUGAAUGCUUGUUGGACCUUCUUUGCUAGACAAUUCCAAUAUUUUAUUUUUGCACUUUUUUCAUGCAAAAUGUAACGUGUUGAAUUGUGAAAAUUCAGUCAAGCUGAUGAGAAGAACCCAUGUAUUGUUUUUUUAUGGCCUCAGGCAAAAUUCAGUAUGCUCUUUGCUGUAAUUCUAUAUUAGCAGCAAGGUUCACACUGCCAUUCGACAGUAGAGCAGGUGUAGGUAUUUGACUUGGGAUACAAGUUGUACACAUUGGUUUCCUUUUUUUGCAGAAGGUUUUGUACUUUAUACAUCUUUAUUAAACCUCCAAUAAGCCCA